UUUUUGUCCAAGAUGGCGCGAUGUAAACAUAAUCUUUGGACUGACAUCUGAGCCCAGAGAUCAUGCCAAUCAUGUCAAUAAAUGCGGUAGGUGACUCAAGUCGUCAAUGUGCAAUGUUACACAACUUUAUAAAGUUAAAAGAGUACCAGUGACAUGAGAGAUGUGAGUAGCUCAAGACAGGACAAAGCCAGGCAGGCCGGGACUGCUCUGUACGGCAGCAUCCACAACCAAGCUGUCGAGCCCAGAAUGGAAAAUGAAAGUUAUACAUAUGUCUACGGACCAGAAAGAAUCUCAACUCAUCGUUACUCACCAUGCUCCACCGUUUCAUCUGUUCGCAGGACGUUUUGUCUGAUAGCAUUGUUUGAUCUUUGUUUCUGUUUUAUACUGUGGGUUAUUUAUACUCAGCUGACUGGCUCAGAGACUGUUUGGGAGGCCUUUGAACAACAAGUUGCAAAUUAUCAAUUUCAAACCUCUUUGUUUGAUACAGUGAUGGUGGCAGCACUUCGAUUUAUCCUGAUAGAGCUGGGCUAUGCUUUGUUCCGCCUCAAUCACUGGUGGCUAAUUGCUAUAUCCACAUCUUUAACUUGUAUAUUCUUGAUUACAAAAGUAUUUUUAUUUGAGUUCAGCCAUGACGGGAAGGCGGAGAAUCCGCUCAGUUACAUUCUGUUGCUGACCUCGUUUAUCCUGACCUGGAUAGAGACCUGGUUUCUGGACUUCAAGGUCCUGCCAACAGAGAAAAAGAUUUUACUUAGAGGUACACACGGUGAAGCUAAUGAGAGGUCAGGCUUAUUGGGACGUGCUGAGGAAGGAGGGAAUCGUGUCGUCCAUGACGACGACAAAGACCGAUACUACUCGCCUGCAGGUUCCGAUGAUGAGGGUGAGGAUCGUUAUCGCAGUCUCCCGCCCAGUCGAUCUCACAGCCGAAAGGCAAGUCAAUCCUCCGUAAACAGUUUGCUGGGCAGUCAGGACCAUGAGUACCUGAAGAUAGCCAAUGAGACGAUGGAUAUGCUGUUUGAACUGGUCCGGGAGGGGGGCUGGAUCACGGAGAGGGAGAGUCAAGGAGACAUGGUCCAAAGCGCAUACAUCAAAAAACUCAAGAGGAAGAUUUUUAAACUGGAGUGUACAUUGGAUAUAAGUCCACAUGAGCUUUGGAAGGACACCAUUGAUAAUGUGAACGACUCGCCCAGCUGGAAUCCAACCCUGCUGGAGUCAAAAACUUUACUGGUUGUUGAUGAGAAGACAGAUAUUUCAUACAAUAUAGCUGCAGAGGCAGCAGGGGGCCUGGUGUCCGCCAGAGACUUCAUAAACCUUCGUCACUGGGGGGAGCGGGACCAGACCUUUUUUAUUGCUGUGAACAAGGCCACAUUUCCUGACAUGCCUCCACAGAAAAAAUAUGUCAGGGGUGAAAGUGGUCCCUGUGGACUGGUGUUUAAUCGGGUCACUGGACAGCCUAACAGAUGUAAACUACAGUGGUUCCUUAAUACUAAUUUAAAGGGCUGGAUACCCCAGGCUGUUAUAGACCAGGGCCUGACCGGUGUGUUGAUGGAUUACUCUAAAUAUCUCAGGCAACACAUACAGGAAAUCAAGGGGAGAUCAUUCAGUUAAUGAUACAAACAAGCAUUCAUACAAACAACUGUGAUGCAUGGGAUUUAAAUGUUUUGUUAGUGUAUUUUAAAGAUAGAAAUAUCCAGUUUGUUAAUUUUUAAAAACAGAAUUACAUUUUAAGUGCAGUAUUCAUGAACAUUAUUGUGAUUUUUAAUCCAAAGAGUGACAAACAGUGCUAAGUUUGUGUGAAGAAGUGUGUUGUUUGUGUCCUUUCAUUUCAAUCUUGUGCAAUUUUUGAAUCGGUGUACUGUUAAAUUCUUGUUGGAUAGAUGAAUUCAUUUUUAUCAUCAGUUCAACUGCAUUACAAUAGUUUAAUCAAGUAAUGGUAUCUUAUUUAUUUCAUGCAGUUUUACUUCUCUUAUAUCAAUUCUGUGCAAUCCUUAAAAUUGCAAAACUGUACACCAAAUGCUUUAUGAGAUUGGUUUGUGUUAUUCUAUCUUUAGUAUCGAUAAUUUGAUACACCCAGUAUACGUGUGAUUGAACUUAGUAUUUGUUUAUGAUGGAGUGAAUAUUUUUUGUAACUAGCUGAUCUAAUCAUUUUGAUUUUAUACAUGUACAUAUAAUCAUGUAUUAUAUAAUUUUGUUAUACUUUCAUGUUAAAUACUGAAAUCUGAUUGGUUAAGACGCAGUUAAUAAUAUUUACUAUUACCCUCAGCGUUAGCAACGCACUUGGCAACGGGUAACAUUAAAAAAUGUUACAUGCGCGAAAAUUAUGCGCGUACGGUUCGCUGUAGAAUUCACGUUAUUCCUAUAUAAAAGCAGUAAAAUUUUCUUUAAAAUUUUAAAAUAGACAUUCAGUAUAACAAAAUAAAUAGUGCCUGUUUGGGAGGAUAACAGUUGAAAUUGACACCCCUCGAAAACCAUUGUCAACCUCCGCUUCGCGUCGGUUGACAAUGGUUUUCUUGGGGUGUCAAUUUCAACUGUUAUCCUCCCAAACAGGCACUAUUUAUAUAAUAUUAUGACAGUUGAUGCCGGCUGGAAGAUGCAUACCAGUAAUUCAUACAUCAAUUAAUCAUGAUUCAAUAUUUUAGUUUUUGAUUAGUCCAAAACAAUUGCCUAAGUUUUUCAGGCCAAAAGUUUCGAAAUAAAAUGUGGCAGGCUGGCAUUUUGAAUUAAAAAGGAGAACAAUUCAUUUUUCAUUUUCAUAAACACUUAUCCUCAUUUUUUUGUAAAAAAAAAAAAAAAUUAAUGAAUAUGAGAGCCAGCAUUUGACCUGAUGUGAUGGUGUCUGUAACACUAAACACCAAUUUUGUUGCCUAAGUUGUAACAUUUUGUUAUAAUUUUAUGAAUUGAUGAUUAAUGAAGUUAUUAUAUGCAUAGAAGAUGUAAAUGUUUUAAUUUACAUGAUGCUGUUCUAUGAUGUAUUUUUUGUGGUUGUAAAAGCAAGAUAGUCAUGUUUGUUGGUUUACAUGUAAAGCUGAAAGGCUAUGACUGUGCAAGUUUGAAUGAGAAUGAAUUCAGUAAAAUUCUAGUUAUCUCCCUCUUUUUCCAACAUCGUAAAAUAGAUAUACAUGUACAUAGUUUAUAAAUGCAGAGAAUAUUUGACAGUCAAUUUAUUUGCCCUUAACAUGAAGUCUAUUUGAAAUCGAAAGAAACUUUCAAUCAUGCUGUAAAAACAAGUUAACAUGUGUUGUAUGUGUAUUCGAUAUCCAGUCGAUAUCGUCCAUGUAAUGCACCGUGCAACCACCAGAAUAACCGCUACAAGAUGAAAGCUGUAUUAUGUAAAUAAAGUAUAGAUACGCUAUAUGUGA